CAGAGCCCUCCAGUCAGCCACCAACGUACGAGACCUAUUUGCGUGACUUACGCGUCUUUGACAAGCCAAUUGAAGUGUCCUCUACCAUGGCCACCAAACCUCAGUUCAAGUCUUCCGAGAUCGGUCUGAACAACAGCGACGACGAAAUCCUCCAUCAGCGUCGCUCCGGAGCAAGCGCCGGAGCUGUCGGCUCGACCCAAUCUGACUCCCGAGACAAGGAUGGAUCCAGCAGUCGCAACUCUCCCGUGGAAUCGCCUGAGGAUCGUGAGGUGGCGGCCAAGCUUGAGCAGAAACGCCUGGAGCACGAGCGCCAGCGCAACCAGAAGCGCGAGCUCUUUGAGCAGCAAAUGCAGCAGCUGGAAAUUCAGCAAAUGCAGGAAGAACAGGCGAUGCUUGCUGGCAACAAAAAGUCUGGAAGCAGUUCUGCCAACACAACCACGGAUUUGACCCAAGGCUUGGCUAGCAUUCGCUCCCUGCCCGUUUCCAGGCGUAACUCGAACGACGCAGUUGAUCUCUGGGCAGAGAUGGACAAACUUUCGUUGGGUGGCGACAAGGCCAAGCGAUUGGUGGAGUAAGCUUGUGCAUUUGAUCAACUCGAAAACAAACCAAACUAAUUUUUUUUUUGGUGGCAAACGAUUAACCUCAAACCUUCGCAUUCUAUAGUUUGCCCAAGAUCGGACGAGCUGGAGCUGCGAAACCAGAGAGCACUUCGCCCUCAGAGUCCGCCUUUAGCGACAGCACCCAUCUUUCCCAGUUCACGGAGAGAUUUAUUUUCGACGACGACGCCA